UUAACAUUAACCUUAGUUUCUUCGAUUCUUCCACAUGUGAACGUUAUGUGAUCAUAUCUCAAUGUUAAUUUUAAAAGAAAAUAUUUUUUUAUUGUAACAUUUAGUUUCAAUAAAGUGCGUUAUUCGCAGCAGUCAUUCGUUCGUAUGAAAUGACUGAAAAAUCUAGAACAAUGAGUCACGUAAAACACAUUCCGAAAGACGCUCAAGUUAUUAUGUCGAUUAUGAAAGAUAUGGGAAUCACGGAUUAUGAACCAAAAGUCAUCAAUCAAUUACUUGAAUUCACAUAUCGUUAUGUUACGUGUAUAUUAGACGAUAGUAGAAUAUAUGCGAAUCAUGCGAAAAAGAAGUUUAUCGACUUAGAUGACGUAAGAUUGGCCGUGAAAAUGCAGUUGGAACGUACUUUUACAAAUCCACCACCAAGAGAUGUAUUAUUAGACGUGGCUCGUGCCAAAAAUAAUAUACCGUUACCAUUCGUUAAACCAAACAAUGGUCUAAGGUUACCACCUGAUAGAUAUUGUUUGAAUGCAACAAAUUAUAAAUUGAAGAAUGCUACAAAAAAAACUGUUUCGAAGCCUAUGCAUUCAUUAGUUGGUAAUAAUAUAUCUGGAGUACAAUCCAGAAUCAAAGUAGAAGGAAGUAAGACUGGCCUUUCAAUAGUCAAAAGACCAGGCACAUUGACUACUGUUGCUCGAACUCAGACAAUAUCUAUACCAAAGCCGGUAUUAAAAUUUUCAACAGCACCAACAGGAACAGCCACCGUUAAAGCACAAAUACCAAAACCAAAAGUACAUGUUACUUCUGGUCAAACUAUGGCUCCUAUGAAAUUAGAAGCAGAUGAUUCUAUAAAAAGAAAAAGAGAUGAUGAUGAUUAUGAUGUUUCAUAACAGUAUAAUGGAUUUUCAAGAUUUCAUGGACUCUCAUUAGAUUCUGCUUUAGUUAUCUUUGUAACGUAAUGAUCAUUUAUUAAAUUUUUAUUUGAUUAGUAAAGAAAACGAAUAAAUACAAUAAUAUUAAUAACUUUUUCCAAUGUAUUAGUGCACACGUGUCAAACGUCGAUCAUAUAGUGCAUUUUUAAUAAUAGCAAUAAAAUUUGUUAUAUUACGA